AUGCUUUCCGCCUGGCGAAAGAUCCCAGUAUCUGCAGGGAAACUGGUCAUUGGGGGUGUGUUGAUCAGUAGUGGUCUACUGGCAUAUUGGUAUCUGAAAGGACAGCAACGGAUUGAAAACACGCAUCAGAGGCCUACGGCGAGCAAAACCGUCCAAGACGCGAAGUUUCGACUUUCGACAGACUGCCACUACAUAUCUGCCAGCGAAGCUGACGAGCGGCUACGUGCUCACCAAGCACGUCUCAUAAGUCCUCGGCUUGUGUCAUGCGGCGCUGACUGUUCGACUCUAUCGAGUGAGCCAUGGAAGUCAUAUCGAGGGUUCUCUCAGAGGCUAUCGUGCGGCCGCACCCUAGACUUUUGGGCCAUCUACAACGACCACAUCGACGCUCCCUUGCGCGAUCAUCUUUCGGAAACAUUGAUUCCCUCUGUAGCAAGUGAGCUGGAUGAGGUGUACUCAACUGAACCAUUACCAGACGCCGAAUCACUGAGGCAAGCAAUACGGCGUGGGUUUGGGGCUGAGAACAAUAGUCGGAUGGCCACCUUAUUGCGUCCUCGGCAAGAAUUUCCUCAGCAUACGGCCCCAGACUCACAAAUCACACCAGCAACUGCACCUCUUUCGGGUGCGAAACAAGUCCAGGAGGAAAUCAGCCACAAGGCUAUAGAGUUGCAUACCGCACCACCCCCUCAAUUUCCAGGGGCUACGCGUGACUCCAAGAAGGAGCCCACCCGGCGAUGUGCUUUGCUGUUAGUCUACGGCCAUCAAGAUUGUGUUUUGCAUGUGGCAUCAACCGGUAAUUGUCGCGCAGUACUGGGUCGCCGCAGUAGGCGAAGGGGAGAAUCAUGGACGGCCACGGUGAUCCCUGUGGGCCAGCACUGCGUCAAUACCGCCGAGCAAAUGCACGCUAAUUUUGUGCAUCCAGGAGGGUCGUAUGUGCUUAGAAUCUGGCCGCUUCUGGGUACCCUCGGACUCUUAAGGGGCCCUAAGAAUUUGCCUGGAGUGCACAACUCGGAUGAUGAUGCCCGGACGAUUCCCAGACCGACUAUCUUGCAACUCACCCCUGAGCCGCUGGUGACUAGUGUUGAGAUUGAGCCUGAAAGUGGAGAUUUCGUUGUAAUGGCCUCGGGUAGACUCUGGGAGUGCUUAAGUACCGCGGAAGUUGUAGCACUGGUAGGACGAUGGAUUGACGAGCCGGAGAACAUAGGGACUGAGGAGGGUCGACAAGGAUGGUCCAAGUACAUUAAGUUGGCGGGCUUGAGAACAGUGUCCAAUCGUGUCCUGACCGGCCAAGGAAAAUUGUCCCAAAGAACUUUGAACCUCGCGAGUCCAGAUGAAAGGUUCGUGUUGGAGGACGGAAAUGCCGCAUCUCAUCUUAUCCGGAAUGCUCUCGGAGGGAGGCUGCAGAGCCAGCCCUUGAACCCAGAGAUGUGGGUGCAAGGAUCAGAGGCCUGGCGGAACUCGCAGUUGGAUGCAGGGGUUUGA